AUGGACAGCCUAAACGCAAAAUGGAUAGCUACGGUGGCCAGCAUAUGGAUUCAGUGCAGCACCGGUGCAUCAUACACCUUUGCCAUCUAUUCUUCCACCCUUAAAUCUACACAAGACUAUGACCAAUCUACGCUAGCCAUAGUCUCAGUCUUCAAAGACAUCGGUGCCAACGUCGGCAUUCUCUCAGGCCUCCUCUACUCCUUCAUCACACUCAAACACAAUAUCCGUUUCAAGUUUCUUCGCGGGCCAUGGGAGGUCCACUUGGCCGGUUCUAUCCUAUGCUUCAUCGGCUACUUCUUCAUGUGGCUGUCAGUGGUAGGACUGACUCACAGACCACCGCUACAGUUGAUGAGUUUGUAUAUGUUUAUGGCGGCUCAAGCACAGACGUUUUUUAACACGGCUAAUAUUGUAACUGGUGUCAUCAACUUCGGUGAUUACAGCGGAACAAUUGUGGGUAUCUUGAAGGGCUUUCUUGGUCUAAGUGGAGCAGUGCUAAUCCAAGUGUAUGAAACUAUAUGCAAGGGCAAUCCGAGCACUUACCUUCUGAUUCUUGCACUGUUGCCAACUUUUGUCUCCCUUUCGCUCAUGUGUCUAGUAAGCAUCAAUCAGACAAACUCAGUUGAUGAUAAGAAGCACUUGAAUGCUUUCUCUGCAGUUGCUCUCACCUUGGCUGCCUAUAUUAUGAUAAUUAUAAUUAUGGAGAACAUCUUUAGUUUUCCAUUUUGGGCUCACAUCAGUACAUCCAUUAUUCUGGUGCUGCUACUUGCCUAUCCUUUGAAAAUCGCAAUCACAGCACAGAGGGAGAAUACAGAGAGAUUUGAACAAACAUUUUAUGCGGAGAGGACGUAUCAUGAGCUGCCCGGUGAUGCAUCUGAAGUGAAGCAUGUUUCUUGUGAUAGAAAAUUGCCAGUUGAAGAAGACAUGAAUCUCUUGCAAGCAAUGGGCACUGGAAACUUCUGGCUGUUGUUCAUUGCCAUGAUUUGCGGAAUGGGCUCUGGGAUGGCCACAAUAAAUAAUCUCAGUCAAGUAGGAGAGUCUCUUGGUUACACAACGAUUGAAACAAAUUCUCUAGUCUCUUUAUGGAGUAUAUGGAAUUUUCUUGGCCGUUUCGGAGCCGGGUCCGUUUCAGAUAUAUUCCUGCACAGAAAUGGGUGGGCAAGGCCAUUUUUCACUGCACUUACUCUAGCAACAAUGUGCAUUGGUCAUAUAGUUAUUGCUUCCGGCAUUCCUAAAAUCCUGUAUGUGGGUACAGUUAUAGUGGGUGUUUGCUAUGGUUCCCAGUGGUCAUUAAUGCCAACAAUAAGUUCAGAAUUGUUUGGUGUUGGGCAUAUGGGAACUAUAUUCAACACCAUAGGCAUAGCAAGUCCUGUUGGAUCUUAUAUUUUCUCUGUAAGAGUAAUAGGAUAUUUUUACGACAAAGUGGCAAACGGUGAAAACGACUCUUGCUAUGGCACACAUUGCUUCAUGUUAUCUUUUCUGAUCAUGGCAUCUGUUGCUUUCCUUGGAUGUCUUGUUGCCUUCCUGUUGUUCUUUAGGACAAGAAGGUUCUAUAACCAAGUAGUUUUCGGAAGGUUGCAACAUUCUUCAAGAACAUGA